GUCUAACCUCAUUUUACCCGCUAAAUAAUGAUGUUUCGACGACUAUUCGUACACAGUAUCAUUAGCAGAAAUAAGUGUUCAUCUGGUGGUCAUAUAAAAUUAACGAAAUUCAGUGGUUUAUCUUUAACGUUCAAUCAACAGAUUCGCAAAAUGUCCAAUGAAAAGAGCAAUGUAUUGAUUGGAACACACAGCGGUAUAUUUCACUGUGAUGAAAUACUCGCUUGCUAUAUAUUGCAACAAUUACCAAAAUAUGAAAAGGCACAAAUCGUCCGUACACGGGACGAUGCUGUUUUGAAAGAUUGUGAUAUUGUUGUUGAUGUUGGAAGUGUAUUUGAUGCGGAAAAAUUGCGUUUCGAUCAUCAUCAAAAAACAUUCCAAGAUACUUUGGGUUCAUUGCGUCCAGAAUUUGCGGAGAAAUUCUCAAAAGUUCGUUUAAGUUCGGCUGGACUGAUUUAUACGCAUUACGGUGAAGAGGUCAUUGGCCGUUUGGUUAAACGUCUGAAAGGUAUUGAGCUGAGCCAAGAGUGCUUGAGACGCGUGUUUGAAAAGGUGUAUGAGAACUUCAUUCAAGAAAUCGAUGGCAUUGAUAAUGGUGUACCGCAACAUCCAGAUGAGCCAGUUUAUCGAAUUUCUACACAUUUGAGUGCUCGUGUUGGUCAUUUCAACUCAGAAUGGAAUUCAACCGGAGAUUUUGAUGAACAAGCCCAAUUUGAAAAGGCCAAAGAAUUGGUUGGCGCCGAAUUUGUCGAUUCCGUUUUGUACUAUUCAACUGUAUGGUGGCCCGCUAGAGCGAUUGUUACCGGUGCCAUUAAAAGCCGAUUUGAUCUACAUUCAUCGGGUAAAAUCAUCGAGCUUGCUCAAUUCUGCCCGUGGAAACAGCACCUCUACGAUUUGGAAAAGGUUGAAAAGUGUGAAGGUGACAUUUUGUACUGUAUUUGUGCAUCAGCACCAGACGAUCAUCGUGUGAUUUGUGUUUCAAAGACCGCCAGCAGUUUUGUUUGUCGAAAAUUUUUACCGCCAUCAUGGCGUGGUAUUCGUGAUGCUGAUCUUGAAUCCGUUUCAAAUAUUGCUGAUACCAAAUUUGUGCAUGCCACUGGCUUCAUUGGAGGAGCAAAAACCCGAAAUGCUGUCCUACAAAUGGCUAUCAAUGCAAUUGAAUCUACAGAAGAAGAACAAUCAACGUAGAAUAACAAUUGAUUAAAAUUCUUUUUUUUUUAUUCAACAAAAUAUAUAUCUUU